AUGACUACAAUGUCUUCACCAUUAUUUCGUUUAUCUUCUUCACCUCUUUCUAUUUUAUCAAUAGAAGAAGAAAUACAACAAUCUAAUUAUUUUCCCAUUCCAAUAAAAACCUCCCUAAUUUCAAAUUUUUAUGAUUUUCCAUUGGGAACUUAUAACACAAUCUCCUCAUUAACAGAUUAUAUCAUGACAUAUGAAAAACAACGAUUGUAUCAAUUAAAUCAAAAUCAACAAUUAAACGAAAGGAACAUUAAUAAUACAAAUGGUAAUGUUAAUCAAAAGACAAAAAGAAAUUUGUUUGGUGGAUUAAAAAACAAAUUAAGUAAAAGAAAGAAUAGUAACAAUAAUAAUGUUAAUAGCAGAUCAAAUAAUGUCAGAAGGAAUUCUAUUUAA